CUCUGUAUCCUGCGAGGAGACUUGGACACUGCCGCAUCCAAAUUAACCUCGCCUCUCUGCGGUCGCUAACAGCAAAACAAAGAAGAACAAAUCGGUAGUUGCAGAAAAAGAGACUCAUAUCCAAUCAUAUCAUGACGGACAACACUAAAACGCACGUUAUUUUGCUGUCAUGUGGAAGUUUUAACCCCAUCACUAAAGGACACAUUCAUAUGUUUGAAAAAGCCAGAGAAUACCUGCACAAAACAGGGAAGUUCAUUGUGAUUGGGGGUAUCAUUUCACCUGUACAUGACUCCUAUGGCAAACCGGGCCUCGUCCCCAGCAGACAUCGUCUCACCAUGUGUCAACUGGCAGUCCAGUCAUCCGACUGGAUCAGAGUGGAUCCCUGGGAGUGCUACCAGGACACAUGGCAGACUACAUGCAGCGUGCUGGAGCAUCAUCGUGACCUCAUGAAGAGAGUCACAGGGUGCAUUCUGUCCAAUGUGAACACACCGUCUACAACUCCAGUGAUCGGCCAACCACAGAAUGAGACUCAGACUGCCAUCUAUCAGAACCACAACACAAUGAACAACAAGCCCACUGCCAUUAAGCUUUGGGGGAAGAUGAGUGAGAGCUUGGGCAAAAUUUGCUGUGUUCGCCCCCACAUUGAUCGUUUUACCUUUGUGGAUGAAAAUGCCAACCUUGGCCCUGCAAUGCGAUAUGAGGAAAUUGAGUUGCGCAUCUUGCUUCUGUGUGGCAGUGAUCUCCUGGAGUCAUUCUGCAUCCCUGGCUUAUGGAAAGACAGUGAUAUGGAGGUGAUUGUGGGAGACUUUGGGAUUGUUGUUGUGCCUCGGGAUGGAGUUGAUACAGAGAGGAUAAUGAACCAUUCCUCUGUGCUGCGCAAGAACAAGGAUAACAUCACAGUAGUAAAAGAUGAUGCCAACCACCCUAUGUCCAUUGUCAGCUCAACCAAGAGCAGACUGGCCCUGCAGCACGGGGACGGUCAUGUGGUGGACUACCUGAACCAGACAGUCAUCGACUACAUCCUGCAGAGUCAGCUCUACAUCAAUGCCUCUGGAUAGAAACUACUGCUCCGGCCUACUGUCAAAUUGUCCCUGUCUGUCUCUCAUGUAAAAUGUAUACUCCUCUUGAGCUACUGCUUUUCCAUUCGAAGGAGCAUUAGAUAUGCAUUUCCCUUCUUACUGUAUCAUAAUGACUCAUCGGACCUGUGGAUGUACUGUACAGCGAGGUGCUUAAGAGCUGUGUGUACAGUGGACCACCUUCACAACUGACUUUGUGUAGGCUGCAUGGGAUAGUGUUUCUGUCUGUCCCAAAUGGCACCCUAAUCCCUAUAUAGUGCACUACUUUUAACCAGGGCCUAUAGGGCUCUGGUAAAAAAUAGUGCACUUUUUAUUCAAUAUGGUGCCAUUUGGGAUGCAACCUUGGUGUCAUGAAGAGAGGGUGCAGAGAUUGUUACCUGAUGAAUGUUGACCUUUGCUGCUUGAUUUAAAUCUGUCGAUUCUUAGACUGCAUGCUUAGAACGUUUUUUUUGUUUUGGCAUGAGUACUUAUUCACUUCGUAGAUAUAUGUUGUGAAAGUGUUUGCAAAAAGACAAACAUAGUGGGUACCCACCUCUCACUUCAUUUUCUAUUCACUAUAAUUCUACUGUAUGUACAGAAGUAUCUGUAUUGAUGUAUCUGUGAUUGCAUAUCAAUGCCUAAAUGUUUUGUCUUCAGUGGGCAUUCGUGCAAAAUGUAGAUUUGUUUGCACAUAAGACAAUGAUUUGUGCAUUGAUUUAUUUUUGUGUGCAAAGGAUUUUGCACAUUUCUCCUGCUUGUCACUAAGCAAAUUACCGCGACUCCCAAAGCAAAUGCAAUGAACCUCUUUCUUACUAUGUGCUAUGUAGCUAGUUACUUGAGAUUCUUACAAAAAUGUGUAUAGUGGAAAAAACAACAGCACAAACUACAGAAGUGCAUUCCAUGUGCCUGGGGAUGAAUUCACAGAUAUAAGUCUCCCGCUCCCUUGCACUCAACACUGUCAUAAUAUUAUCAACCUGAUAUAAAAUGAGCUCUAAUGUUGUUCUGCAAAGGAAGUGGGGACAUAGCCUUUGAUCAAUAGUUUCUUAAGGAAGCUUCUCAUGCUCAGUGCCAGGACUCUUUAGACAGUUCAGUUUAAUGGGCAUUGAGUAUAACCAUUAAUUUGUGCAGUAAUGAUUUCACAGGGUAAUAGGGUGUAUACAGUAUUGGUGUAUACAGGACAUUGGUUGCACCUUAGUUGGAGAGUACGGGCUCUUGGUAAUGGCUGGAGCGGAAUAAGUGGAAUGGUAUUAAAUACAUCAAACACAUGGUUUCCAUGCCAUUCCUUUCGCUCCGUUCCUGCAAUUAUGAGCUGUCGUCCCCUCAGCAGCCUCCUGUGGUGCACAUUGUGCCCAAUUGGUCAAUGCAAAAUAAUGACGAUUAUUUGGUUUAAUUAGUGUCUAAAUGUUACCAAAGCAACUUGCAUUCAUAUAUAGCUUUACAAGUGUCAAUUUGGCUAAGAAUAUUAGGUUAUUCAAUCUUAAUAUCAGAUGAAGCUAAAUACAUUCCACUGCUUCCUGCAAUCUCACAGUUCAUCAUUUAUAAGAAAUGGACACACAAGUGCUACUAGUUGUCAAUAUUGUAGCGUUGUAUAAGCCUGGCAAGACUAUCAAUAGUACACUGUGUGUAAGAUGUUCUAGACAAACAAUAUUGCUUCUUUAUGUGUCAUCCGAGUGUAAUGAACAAACUGUACUGGGUCCAAUAUCCCUUCAAGCAGAUGGUCUUUAUACAUGCAUCCCUAGAGUCUUUCUAUCAAAUACACGACAUCAGUUAUUUGGUAUUCUUUAAAGACUGGUUUAGAUAAACAAGAUGUGGAAAAUCUGAUAAAAUAAGCAUCGUCGUGGUCCUAGUAAUAGGGCAAUGUUUAGUAUAAUAGUCUCAGCCCACUGGGCAAAGAUAUUUCAACAUCUAGUUUGGAUUUAAAUUUGGUUGAGUUGUCAACUAACGUGAAUUCAACACGAAAUGUAAAAAAAAUCUAAAUCUCCAUGUCAUUAAAUUUAGGUGAAAAGUUGGGUGAAAAAAAUACUAAAUUCCAAUACGUUGAUGACUUUCUGCAAAUCCAAUAUUUUUUCCACGUUGAUUCAACGUCAUCACAUUGAUUUUGUGUUGUUGAACUGAUGUGGAAACAACCUUGAUUAAACCAGUGUUUGCCCAGUGGGAGAGAAGGUCUCAUAGAACCUGAGGAGAUUGUAUGAGUAGAUGAUUUAUAGAUAUAAUAUGAAGAGAUGUUUGAUUUAUAUUUGAUUCUGUUCAUUGAAUUAUUUGGUAAGGAGUCCUGAAAACAUACAUUUUUUGGAAUCCUAUGUAAAAUGAGCUACAAUUCCACUUUCAGAUCUGGGUUGGAAAUGAUUUGUAUUUUGGCAUCUUAGACUGUGGACUGACUGGCUGACACAAUAUAACAUCCUCAGUCUCUCAAUACCUCCAUAAUAAACCAAGUGUGUAACAAUA